AUGGCUACACCUGCUGGGAAUCGGUAUAUGGCCUCCAGGCCUAUUAUCCUCGGUCUGGCUCGCGUGUUUUUCCUUGCAUUAUGUCAAUUGCCUCUCAUUUCUGCUGCACCGACCAGCUACUCCCCGUCUAGUCCGUUUAUCAGUAUCUCCGAAGAGUCCUCUAAACCCGCCAAUGACCCCAGCCUAUGGCUUUAUCUAGGAAUAGCCGCUGCUCUUGUCCUGAGCGGUGGCGCUUUUGCCGGGUUGACAAUUGCGUUGAUGGGCCAGGAUGAAGUCUAUCUCCAAGUCAUUCAAACUUCGGGCGAAGGCUCUGAGCGGAAAAAUGCGGCCAGCGUGCUCAACCUCUUGAAAAAAGGAAAGCACUGGGUUCUGGUUACCCUACUCCUCAGCAACGUGAUCACCAACGAAACUUUACCCAUUGUUCUCGACCGAUCGCUUGGAGGUGGUUGGCCGGCGGUUCUGGGUAGUACUGUCUUGAUUGUCAUCUUCGGCGAGGUCGUCCCACAAUCGAUAUGCGUCCGCUACGGUCUCCCUAUCGGAGCCUGGAUGGCGCCCGCUGUCUUAGCUCUAAUGUAUGUCAUGUCGCCCAUCGCUUGGCCUGUCGCCAAGUUGCUCGACAAGUUACUGGGUGAAGACCAUGGCACUAUUUACAAAAAAGCCGGGCUCAAAACAUUGGUCACGUUGCACAAGACCUUGGGUGAAGCCGGGGAACAGCUUAACUCUGAUGAGGUUACCAUCAUCAGCGCGGUCUUGGAUUUGAAAGAGAAAUCAGUUGGCAGCAUCAUGACCCCCAUGGACGAUGUUUUCACAAUGUCUUUCGACACCGUCCUCGAUGAGCAGACGAUGGAUAUCAUCCUCUCCCAAGGAUACUCCCGCAUCCCGAUUCAUGCCCCGGACAACCCCUUGAACUUUGUUGGCAUGCUGCUCGUGAAGAUGCUCAUUACCUACGACCCCGAGGAUGGCAAGAGAGUGCAGGACUUUGCCUUGGCCACACUUCCGGAAACCCGUCCCGAGACUAGCUGCCUGGACAUUGUAAACUUCUUCCAGGAGGGCAAGUCACAUAUGGUACUUGUUUCCGAAUACCCCAGUGAGGACCGUGGAGCGCUGGGAGUCGUGACGCUGGAAGAUGUGAUCGAGGAGCUGAUUGGAGAGGAAAUUAUCGAUGAGUCUGAUGUCUUUGUUGACGUCCACAAGGCGAUUCGACGUAUGACGCCGGCCCCUAAGUCCCGUGUCCCCAAGGGAAGAAUCGUUGAAGAUCCCCCUUUCAAUACAGUGCCCCAAGGCGAAUUAGUCGACGUUGAUAGUGAAACCCAGUCACCUUCCAGGAAAGAUGUUUCCAACCUCCGCCGACGCUCCCUCGAAGCUCCUCAGCCCCGUUUCCAACUGCGCAGGCAAAGUACGGGCAGGGAUUCGGACUGGAAAGGUGGUUUGGUCACACAACGUGGCGCGACAGACGAAAUUCGCGAGCAUCUCAAACACUUGGGACCGUCGAAUUUGGCCAGUCGGCCGCGUCAAACUCGAUACCAAAACGUGAAGAUUAAACGUGGUAGCAUGUCGCCCUCCCGCCCGGGACAAAUAGAAUUCGAUUCGAGCCAGAGCAACUCUGAAGCUGCUUCGACCCAGCAUGCCACGGUGGGCUUGGCUGGAGGAAUUGGCGCAGGACUCUUGCAAUCUGCCGGGAUGGAUGCCAGUGACGGUGUCCACGCCGUCAAAUUGGGCUACGGCACCAUCGCACCCAUGGUCGACCGAUCCAAAGACACACCUACCACUCAAAAACUGAAAGACAACCCGCAAUUAUCGGUUCCCGAACCUGUCAGUGAAGAGCAGGAUGACCAGCCCCGCCCACCUCCGUCAAGACAGGGAAGCGCACAUGAUAGCAUCCACUCAGGAAGUUCGCAGUCAGCCAAAGCCCUGAAACCGGGUAAUUAUGUGCAUCCCGGUCCCGCUCGCAGUGGCAGCAUCACAGAGCAAGUCAUCGACGUAAACGGUAUCCGCAAGGUUGUCCUCCACACGACCAGUUCAUCAGAAGGCGACGAAACACAAACCAGCCCGCCCACCACUGGCAAAGCAGAACUUCCAAUCCAGCAAAGCGCCAAGGCCGAUGACAAGGUAUCUAAUACAGGCACGAGUAGCAAUGCUGCGAAGAAGAAGCGUCGACGAAAGAAGCGUGCUAAUCAGAACAAGUCUACUGAUGGCGGUUCAAAUGAACAGCAGCCUCUUUUGUCUUGA